CUUAGUAUUAUUAUGAAAAUAGUUCCGCCGCCAUCUUUCUUCCUGGCAGGGGCCGACGCAGGGACCGGCGCGGGGGUGAGAGCGCGCGGCCGGAUUCACCACAACAUGGCAAAUCUUUUUAUAAGGAAAAUGGUGAACCCUAUGCUAUAUCUCAGUCGUCACACAGUGAAGCCUCGAGCCCUCUCCACAUUUCUAUUUGGAUCCCUUCGAGGUGCAGCCCCCGUGGCUGUGGAACCCGGGGCAGAAGUGCGCUCACUUCUCUCACCCGGCCUCCUGCCCCACCUGCUGCCCGCGCUGGGGUUCAAAAACAAGACUGUCCUUAAGAAGCGCUGCAAGGACUGUUACCUGGUGAAGAGGCGGGGUCAGUGGUACGUCUAUUGUAAAACCCAUCCGAGGCACAAGCAGAGACAGAUGUAGACCCUUUCCCUCCAGAGUCACGCACAUACUCGUCAUCGCGUCUCUUGGGAGAAUGGUUGUAUCUUACGGAAGGAAUUAUCACAUCAAGGAGUCAGGGGAAAGUGACUGGAAGCAAACGCCCUAAAAGUUACCCAUCACGUUUCAGUGUAAAUGAGUAACUAUAGAAGACAUUGCAUUAUCUUAUUUCCAAAAUGUUCCAAUUAAAAAACAUUUUCCUAUUUAAAAAAAGAAAAUAGUUUUGACCUCUCAGACCCCUGAAAGGAUCUGACGGCGCCCUAGGGCCCCCCACCACUCUUUGAGAAAUGCUACUCUACAGAAAGAUUUUACCAAAGUGUACUGUCAUCACUGUGCCCCUUUUUCUGUACCUUCACCAACAUUGGGCAUCAUCUUGCUUUUUUUUUAGCCUUUGCUGAUUUGUUAAACAAAAAGCAGGAUCUCUUCGUGAUUUUAAUUUGCAUUCUGAAAGGUUCAUGAUUUUUGAAUUUAUAUUUUUUCUUUUAUAAACCACCUCUUUAUAUCCUUUGCAUGUUUUCUUUCUGGGAUGGGCAUUUUGUCUUAUUUAUUAUAAGAGCACUGUUGUUGUUGUUUUUUCUGGCUCUAUCCCAGGCUGGAGUGCAGUGGCGCGAUCUCGAAUCACUUCAACCUCCGCCUCCCAGGUUCAAACGAUUCUCCUGCGUCAGCCUCCCCAGUAGCUGGGACAGGCGCCGGCCACCACGUCCGGCUAAUUUUUGUAGCUCUCCACUGAGAACAAGGUGACAAACAUGGAGUUUAUUGUACCUGUGUCAGAUCAGGAUUAGAAGACUGGAGACCUGUGAGUCCCCUGUUCCUCACAGGAGAGGAAGUGGCCCAUCUGGGUGGGCUUCUUGGCCUCAAGCCAAUGCUGUGAUGCCCAGUAGGGGGCUGUCUCACUGUACCCUAAGGUGGGGCCAGUUUAUACCCAAAAUUUUAACAAGGGAUUUGGGUAUCCAAGAUGUUAAAGCUUUGUUAGGGGAAAAUAGGCUAAGCCCUCAUGACCCAUUUCUUCAGAAAAGAUGUUUUAGAACAAGAAAAGGAAACUAGAAUUUAACAGUCUGACAGGAUAUUCUUGCUAACCACAACUUUACAGAAUUAUAGUUUAGCCAUAGAGGUCUUCUCCUUUCUCAACUUUUGCAGAUCUCUCCAGUAAAUGCCUCUACUGCUUGACUGCUUUCUGAAAUAGGAAACCAUUACAAAGUAGAAUUUGUGUCCAAAGUGACUAGGCCCAGUUAGCUGGGAUUUUCUCCAUCCUUAAGCACACUGGAGAUUUUUCUUUGCCAGUUUGGCAGGUGAAAAAAAUGGUAUAGCAUUGUUUUAGUUUUCAUUUCUUGGAUUACUGGUGAGUAAAAAGAAAUGUUAUGUAUCUCUCAGCUGUUUGCAUUUCUCCUUUAGUGAAUUGCCUAUUCGUAUCUUUUUCACCUUUUUCUAUUGGAGUGUUCAUAUUUUUCUUAAUGAUUGAGGAUCUUGUUAUACAGUAAAAUAUUAACCC